AUGUCGGCGGACGAGUCGAAGCAAAAUGAGUCCGCCUUGGCCACGGAGCCCACAGACGCGGGCGACGUUGUCCACGUCAUCCCACCCGCGCCGGACGGCGGCUUCAAAGCCUGGACCCAAGUCUUUAUGGGACACCUAGUGCUCAUCAACGGCUGGGGCUACUUGAGCUCAUUCGGCCUCUUCCAAUCCUACUAUACCACCUCGCUCUCGGCCACCCCUUCGGCCAUCAGCUGGAUCGGCUCUAUACAGAUUUUCCUCGUCUACCUCGUCGGCACCUUCUCCGGCAGAGCUCUCGAUGCCGGAUACUACCACACGGUCCUCACGCUGGGAUCCUUCCUACAGGUACUUGGCGUGUUUAUGACGUCCAUCUCAACGCAGUACUGGCAGCUGUUCCUCGCACAAGGUAUCUGCAAGGGCCUAGGCGAUGGCCUUGUCUUUUGCCCGACUGUCUCCCUCGUCGCGACCUACUUCUCCAAGAAACGCUCUCUGGCUAUGGCAUGCACCGCGUCCGGCGGCGCGACAGGAGGCAUUAUCUUCCCCCUCGUCGCCCAGCAGUUGCUUCCCAAAGUCGGCUUCGGCUGGACCGUCCGCACUAUGGGCUUCGUGAUCCUACUAAACGCAGCCGUCAUCGUGUCCAUCGCCCGCGUGCGCCUCCCCCCGCGUAAGACUGGCCCGCUGGUUGAGUGGAGCGCCUUCCGGGAGCCGUCGUACACGCUCUUUUGCAUCGCCAUGUUCUUCAACCUCUGGGCUGUCUACUUUGCCUACUUCUACAUCAGCACCUUCGCCAAAACCAUAAUCGGCGUCUCCGCAUCCGAGUCCCUUACGCUUCUCCUGGUGAUGAACGCCGUCGGCAUCCCGGGGCGGCUAGCGUGCGGGCUCACGGCGGACCGGCUGCUGGGCCCGAUCAACACGCUGAUCCCGGUCGCCUUCUUCGCCGGCGUGCUCUUCUACAGCUGGGCGGCCGUGAGCACGGCGCGCGCGCUAUACGCCUUCUGCGUCCUCUAUGGCUUCUUCGGCGCCGGCAUCCAGAGCCUCUUCCCCGCGUCCUGCGCCAGCCUAACGGCCGACCUAAAGAAGAUGGGCACCCGCACCGGCAUGUGCUUCUCCUUCAUCUCCGUCGCCUGCCUGACCGGCCCGCCCAUCGCUGGCGCCCUUAUACAACACCGCCACGGCGACUUCUUGUACGCUCAGGUCUUUGGCGGCUCCGCCUUCUUGGGCGGCACCUUGAUGCUCGUCGCGGCGAGGAUGGCAAAGAAUGGGCUGAGUUUAAAAAGCCGCAUGUAG